UCUGCAGCAGCUGUCAGGAUGAAGCGCAAUCUGUCGUCUCUGGAGUUCCUCCUCGCCAUCGUGGUGUCUCUUCUACUCGUCUGCUGUGUUGGACUUAUCGUCCUGUCGUGGAUCAGCCUGAAGACUGAAGGUGGCGUUGAGCCGGCGGUGCUGAGUGGUCAGAUGGUGAUCACAGACGGUGCAGUUUUCUCUGACGAGCUGAAAAACUCCAGCAGCCUGAAGUUUAAAUCUCUGGCCUUCGAUGUCCAACAGCUGGUGUCAGAGGCGUUCGGUCACAGCGAGCUCAGACUGGAAUUUAAGUCCUGUCAGGUUUUAGACUUCAGUCAGGGCAGUGUGGUGGUGACCUCUGACCUCUGGUUCAAUCAGCUGAUUAAUGUGAAGGAAGUGGAGCAGCAGCUGAGGGCGGGGCUUCAGGAGGCCGAGGGCACGGGAUUGGUCAUUGACAGAAACAGCAUCCGCAUCACAGAGAAACAAAGCGAGACGACUGCCGCACCGACGAGCGUGACACCUACAACAGAGAAACAAAGCGAGACGACUGCCGCACCGACGAGCGUGACACCUACAACAGCUCUCAAAGAUGAUUUACAUUAUGAGGAGGAGGAUCUUGAAGUUGAUUCUGUACGGGACAGGGAGCCAGUGUAG